AUGCCCAGCUUGGAGCGGAUUAAUCUCUGCGGUCGUCUGAUCGAAGGAGCGCGGAGGGAUUUCCUGAAAUAUUAUCUGAAAAAAUGUCCAACCCUGUUUCACAUCUGCUACGAUCCGAUCGGUACCCAUCGGAAAGUGAGGGCCUUUAUCGGAUUUCUCUUCGGAUUUGUCGCAGCUGUCGUGUUGUACGAGGGCAUAAUCGUCGAUCUACAAUUUGACACAUAUACCAGUAUCUUUCUAGGAGCCAUCCUUGUCGUGAUGCUAUCGAUAGGAUGCGCUUCAUCGAUACAGGUGAGAUGCAUCUGUCUUUUGACAAUACCGACCUUUCUUGGCCGAUCUGGACGCAAUGUUUUGAGGGCUCUUGUUCUAGGAUAUAUAAUAGCGGGACCUAUAUUCAAUUUAACGUACAACUGUAAAGAGGUGGUGAGAACUUUCGCUUGCACGACGCAGUUGACGUACAAUCUCACCGAGACGCGCUUCGAUCUUAUGUUCAAGCCAUUUCAGCAGGCAGUGCUCGCCAUGAAAACGGAUGCGGACGAGCUAAAGGAUACUUUAUCCUCGGUGAGAGAUUUGAUGAGCCCGAUAGUCGAGGAAAUCGAGGGCGAAGAGGAGAUGAGGAGACUGAAAGAGGAGAACGACUAUUUGGAUGAGCUCCAGGACGAUACGAGAAGAAGCGACGAGAUCGAGGAGAAACAUGAGAAAGAGGUCGCGAACGCGAAGUCCGAAGCGGAUGUUUACGAGGCGAAGUACAAGAGGAAGAUUGAAGCGCGUUGCGAAGAGCAGCUUAGCCAUGGUGCUGAACGAUGCAGAGAUAUGUUUGCUGACGCUUAUGACAAGUGUUACGAUACAGUGACGGUCUUUGCGGCUUGGCUGUUGUGUUGGCCGAUGAAACUCAACUUCGUAUGCAACCUGGUGCAGGCCCUCGGUGGUUCCAAUAUCUGCGAUCCCGAAGGAAAAGUAGACCCCGGUAUAGGCGAAGGCUACGUUGCUUUAAAAAGAGCCAGAGAUACGUUCAGCAAAAGCCUCAAGGACGCGAAACUACAGUAUAAAGUAAAGAAGAUGCCGGUGAUUCUCGACCUUCACGACGCAACAGAUGCUGCCCAGGCUGUAAUGCACGAAUUCAAUACACGCAGAAAAGUCUUUGAGUCAGUGAUGAUGAUUAUUAAAAGAUGUCUGUCCUUCGUUUUCUUGAGAAUCAUCUUAAAUGCUCAAACGUAUCACGAGAAAUACUUGAACGACAUCGAGCAUGACAACGUAUAUGUUACUUCGUACUUCCGGAAGAUCGAUGCAAGACGGAAGGCUCGCGGUAGUCUGACCUUGCUGCCCCUAAAGAAGAUCGAGAGAUUGAAAUUCGUGGAUCCAUACAGCGUGCGGCCAGGCGAAGUCGAGCGGGUACAUUUGACAGGCCAAACGGUGAAGUUGAUUCUCGAACUGAUCAGCAUAACAACGUUUAUAUUGAUGGACAGACUCUUCUUUGAAGCACUCGAUUUGAUCAGAAGACACUCCUACAUGGAAUAUACUCAGACGGGUCACCACGACUUGACCUUGGAGAUUCGCGGUAUCGGAAUGAUAGCCUCUCUGAUACGUAGCGUCAUCCGCGGAUUCAACGUGAAAAGGCGAGUCAAAACCGUGGUGUCCAAUAGCGCGUGUCUACCGAAAGCCAGUAAAGUACCGAAUUACAUGAUCCUCAAGAUCUAUUCUAUCUAUCUGGCCAUUUGGAUGUUGUUGUUCACCGCAGCUUACACGCAACGAUUGCGGCGCGUGAUCUGCUCGUUCUUUUACAGGAAGCGUGAGAAGAGACGUGUGUUAUAUCUCUACAACGAGAGCCUAAGACGCAGACUCGGUCACGCUAGGUUCAUGCGAGCCAGAGUCAAGACUUUAGUCAGAACUCAUCGGCUAGAGUACGACAUAGAUCCGUGGCUCGCCCUAAGGCUGCGUUGGCCAAAGUUCUGCGGUUGGUUGAUGAUCUUCGCCUGGGCACGUCACAAGUGCCUCAUCUGCGGCGAAGUGGAACCGAGGAAAGGUCCGCAAUUCCAUAGAUGCACGACACCCGGAUGUCCCUUCGUUCAUUGUCCCGAGUGCUGGGACGAUGUCGGUAGAAUUUGCUAUGCCUGCGCGGACAUUGGCGAGACGGACGACGACACGGACGAGUUUGACACUCUUGUAAUAAAAUAG